AAAAUUCCCAAAUAAAUGUCAAUUUGUCGAAAUUAUCAAAAACUCGUGCUUUGCAGUAAUCGCCUCAAAAAUAAUAAUUACGUAAUCAAAAAAUCCAAAAUAUACGAAACAAUUGAAUAGUUUGACAGUUUUCGUGUCAAGUCAUCUAUAAAUAUAUUUAUACCGUUUUAUUUAUUUUUGGUGUUAUAAAUAACGUAUUUAUAUACAUUUAAUGCGCUUUAGUUGCUGCUGCAUGGUAGAUUGGCACCCCAUUUCAUGGCUGCUUACAUAAACCGCACGAUUUCGUUAAUGUCGGGCGAUGGCCCCCAUAAUAAAGCCAUACCUGCGAGCAUGGUUGACCCCAGAGGCCCCCGACAAGCCACUGACAACUCCCCCUUGCAGAUUUUCGUCAAAGCGAAGAAGAAAAUCAACGAUAUUUUCGGCGAAAUUGAAGACUACGUCAAGGAUGCUGUUGAAUACAUGCAUGAAAUCGAGAAACUCCAAGAAAUCGUAAAUCAAGAUAGAGUGAGGAAAACCGAAGAGUUUGUGAGUAAAGUACACGGAAUUCGGGAUGUUUUGAGUCGUGACCAUAUGAAAGUUGCGUUUUUUGGGCGCACUUCCAAUGGGAAAAGUUCAGUAAUUAAUGCCAUGUUGCGUGAUAAAAUCCUCCCAUCUGGGAUUGGGCACACUACCAAUUGUUUUCUACAAGUUGAAGGUUCCCCAUCUGAUGAACCAUAUUUGGUUCUUGAAGGUUCCACUGAACAUUGCGCUGUGGAAUCAGUCGGCCAAUUAGCACACGCUUUAUGCAAGGAAAAACUCAAUGAAUCGCAAAUGGUGCGUGUUUAUUGGCCACGAAAUCGUUGUCUUUUGUUACGAGACGAUGUUGUUUUUGUUGAUUCGCCAGGAGUUGAUGUUACGCCGAAUUUAGACGAAUGGAUUGACAAACAUUGUUUAGAUGCUGAUGUUUUUGUUUUAGUCGCUAAUGCUGAAUCGACACUUAUGGUUACGGAGAAGAAUUUUUUUCAUAAAGUUUCGACUCGACUCUCAAAACCCAACAUUUUUAUUUUGAAUAAUCGAUGGGAUGCUUCUGCAACCGAACCAGAGUUUUUGGAUCAGGUUAGACGACAACAUCAAGAACGUGCCGUUGAUUUUCUCGUCAAAGAAUUAAAAGUUUGUACACCGAAAGAGGCCGAAGAACGAAUUUUUUUCAUUUCGGCUAAAGAAGUACUACAAGCACGWRUAGCCGAACAAGGACAAACAGUUUCAACACCACUUACCGAAGGUUUCCAAACACGAUAUUUCGAAUUUCAGGAUUUCGAACGAAAAUUCGAAGAAUGUAUUUCGAAAUCGGCCGUCAAAACGAAAUUUGAACAACAUUCACAACGCGGGAAAUUCAUAGCAAAUGAGCUUCGCGAGGUUUUGGACCACAUCUACAACGAUYCGCAGACAUUGAAGGAAGAAAAACUGCGUUUGAAGAAAGAAGUCAACGACAAAAUCAACUAUACUGAAGAACAAUUAAUUGUAAUAACGCAAGAAAUGAAGCAGAAGAUUCAUCAAAUGGUUGAAGAUGUAGAACAGCGCGUUUCUAAAGCUUUAAACGAGGAAAUUCGUCGUUUGAGUACACUUGUUGACGAAUUUAAUUUACCAUUUCAUCCAGAACCGUUAGUUUUGAAUGUUUAUAAAAAAGAAUUACAUUUGCAUGUUGAAACCGGUCUUGGUUCGAAUUUAAAAGCUCGACUUUCGACCGCUUUAGCAAUGAAUAUGGAGGCGAGUCAACGUGAAAUGACUGAAAGAAUGGAGAAAUUACUACCGGAAAAUCACAAAGCAGCUUCAAAUUUUAUAUUACCACGAAGACAACCAUUUGAGAUUUUGUAUCGUUUAAAUUGCGAUAAUUUAUGUGCCGAUUUUCAGGAGGAUCUUGAGUUUAGAUUCUCAUGGGGGAUUACAACAUUAAUUCAACGUUUUGCCGGUAGUGGCGCUAAUUUCCUCGCAUUGAAAAACAAACGCGAGAGUCCACAGAAUUCAGUCAUCCCCUCCACGCCAACCGACCAAUACGACGGCAGAAUGUUGUACGGCGGCCCGCCUUCGAUCAUCGAGGAUUGGUCGUUGAUUUCGCGUUUGGCUAUAAUGGGCGUGUCCUCGCAGGGGACAAUGGGGUGUUUGUUAGUCGCCGGUUUUUUGUUUAAGACAGUCGGGUGGAGGAUUAUUGCAGUCACGGGGGCUGUCUACAGCUGUCUUUAUCUCUAUGAACGUCUCACGUGGACGAAUAAAGCGAAAGAGAAGAGUUUUAAGAGACAAUAUGUCAAUCAUGCGACUCGAAAAUUGAAAAUGAUUGUUGAUUUAACAUCGGCGAAUUGUAGUCAUCAAGUACAGCAAGAGUUGAGUGGGACUUUUGCACGGUUGUGUCACGUGGUUGAUGAAGCGACCGGUGAAAUGGAUAAGGAGUUUAAGGAGUUGGAGAAGGGGGUGGCCACUUUGGAGAAUGCGGGAGGGAGGGCGAAGGUGUUGAGGAAUAAAGCCAAUUAUUUGGCACAUGAGUUGGAGUUAUUCGAGGAUGCGUAUCUUAAGAUCCACCAUUAAGUGUGAUAGAUUUGUUUAUGAUAUUGGAGCAAUUAUUUAAUUUAACUUAUAAAGAUUUAUUUAAAUAAAUAAGAAUCUUAUUCGUUUCAAUUGUAGUCAAAUAUUGUAAAUAAAGUUGUUGUUUUUAUCAUCA